AUGUCCGACUCAGAGAUGAGUAGUACUAAGAGGCCCUCUUUUCUUGCUAAGAUCGGAAGAGGCCGGUCAGGUAAUAGUGAUUCCAGGAUUGAGCAAAAGAGAUCCGAGAGUUUCGACUCUGAUUCAGGAUCUGAUCUGGAGCCCGGAACGACUAGAAGCGAAGGGUUGCCCAGUUUUAGGCAGACCGGGGAGGUGCGAGGCUCAAAGAGCGAUCAAUUGAUCGAGCUGGAUGCAGUCCGUACGAUCCGGAAUACGAGUGGCAAUUAUGAAGCUGCGGACGAGAAUGAAGAUAGUGAAGACAUGGACCGUCGAUAUAGCGAGAAACUAGCGAGGUUUGGUGGUCGCCGUGCGUCUGCAACGUCUUCUUCGGAUUCCUCGACAGAUUACAAGAAUGUGCGGUUCAAGUCUCAUGCGGAUGAGUACGAGGACGAUGAGAUCAAAUCAGUGAAAUCCUCUGAUGAUGAGGGCAGGUUUGAUCAUUUCAAGCAGUUUUUCCAGAGAGGAGCAAGUCAGCGGCGUGGCAUGAAGAGUUUGAACGAGGAGAACGGAGAUGAAGAUGAUGCAGGAGGUCUAGUAUCCAGGUUUAUCAGCAACUUGGGUCAAAAUGGUGGGCUGGCCCCGGGGUUUCCCAAGGACUCUCAAGAGAAAGAAAGGGACGUGGAGAAGACUGGAGGACAGGAGGACAUUCCGAUGGUCGACUUCAAUGAAACCGCUCAACAGAUUGUCCAGGCGCAUUCGGGGCUAAAUCCAAACGACGGCCAUGCUGAAGCAGCCAUUUCAGACGGGGAGACGGCGUACGACUCUGGUUCUCAAACUCCGAGUCAUAUCUCUUUCGUAGCGCCACCAAUGGAGCACUAUAUCGAUGGAGAUCAAUCUAACGAAGCAAUUGACAGCGAUAGUUACGAUCCUUACAUUGAAAGCACUGCCUACGUGGCGCCUCCUACUAGGGUGAGAGGCGGCGUCUUAGGUUCGCUACUGAAGCUUUACCAGAACGAAGAUAUUAACUCCAACUACUCAUCAGUAUCAUUGGAGGAGUCAGUUCCGGAUACAGUUACGGCUACUUCAUCAGUAACACCACCGAGCUCAAAGCUUAAGCUAUCCAAAGCAGCGAAUUUGAAGAAAUUAAAAAACUUGCCUCACCGUAAAGGUACCGCUGAGCCUAGUGAUAGCUCCAAAAAUGAUCUACCCUCUUUCAAGAAUACGAGGCCCAAGGGUAAAAAAAGCAGAAUUCCCAAAUUCAAGAAGAAAUUAGCCACAGAAGCCAAGAUCACGGUUCAUAUUGCAGAUUUGCUUCAAAGACAUCGAUUUAUCCUGCGCAUGUGCAAGGCGCUGAUGCUCUAUGGUGCGCCAACCCACAGAUUAGAGGAAUACAUGAUCAUGACGUCCAGAGUGCUGGAGAUCGACGGUCAGUUUCUGUACCUGCCUGGUUGCAUGAUUGUGUCAUUUGGCGACGCCACUACCAGGACCUCCGAAGUCCAGUUGGUCAGAUGCGCUCAAGGUCUGAACUUGUGGAAGCUUCAUCAGGUUCAUAUGAUUUACAAGCAAGUCGUUCACGAUACAAUGAGCGCGGCAGAAGGUAAUAUGCUGAUAGACAGGAUAUUACAAGAAAAAAAUUUAUAUCCACCGUGGAUCUGCGUAUUUCUGUACGGAUUUUGCUCUGCAAUGGUGACGCCCUAUGCUUUCGGUGGAAAUUGGAUCAACAUGGCUGUGUCUUUCUUCAUGGGCUCCUGCGUGGGCGCUUUACAAUACAUCGUAUCGCAAAGAUCUAAUAUGUAUUCAAAUGUCUUCGAAGUGACAGCAUCCGUGGUGGUCAGUUUCUGCGGUAGAGCCUUUGGAUCGAUUCCAUCCGACAUUUGCUUUGGAGCGGUAACUCAGGGCUCUCUCGCGCUCAUCCUCCCCGGGUACAUCAUCCUCUGUGGCUCGCUAGAGUUGCAAAGCCGCAAUCUAGUCGCAGGCUCCGUCAGAAUGUUCUACGCCAUCAUAUACUCGCUGUUCCUGGGUUUCGGCAUCACUUUGGGCGCAGCCCUGUUCGGCUGGAUGUACAAGGGGGCCAGCAACGAGACCUCAUGUCCCUAUCCAAUUUCCGACUGGUUUAGGUUUCUCUUCGUCCCUGCAUUCACCAUAGGCAUUUCCUUGAUCAACCAAGCCAACUGGACUCAAUUGCCCGUGAUGGUGAUCAUAUCCUGUUCCGGUUACGUCGUCACCUACUGGGCAGGCAGGCAUUUCCAACACUCAACAGAGUUCACAGCAGCCCUCGCUGCCUUCGUCAUAGGUCUCAUGGGAAACCUCUACUCGAGGAUCUGGAAAGGUCUGGCUGUCUCCGCAAUGUUGCCCGCUAUCUUUGUCCAGGUGCCCUCCGGUGUUGCUUCGCAAAGUUCGCUGCUGUCUGGUUUACAAAGCGCCAAUCAAUUGACGAACCACAACGGAACUGCAGCUGAAUCCGAUCUAUCUUCCUCGAUGUCUUUCGGUGUCACCAUGAUCCAAGUUUCCAUCGGUAUCACCGUCGGCCUUUUCAUGUCAUCCCUCUUCAUAUAUCCAUUCGGCAAGAAGAAAACUGGCCUGUUCAGUCUAUAG